AAUCCAUCUGAUCCGAACCAUGAUGUUUACUAUGAUUUUAUUGAAUUUACAAUCGACAAUUCUGGAUACCAUGGGAAUACAACACGUGUAGAUGCAUUUGGGUUUCCCCUUCAGCAUCGUCUAGUAAGCCGAGCAGGAAAUUUUGAUCGAACUGUUGGCGAACUGGAGGGUGAGACACGAGAUGAUCUUUUUGCCAAAUUUUUACGUGAAGUACCAGAUGAGUUCAAGUCACUUGCUGAAAUUCAAGCACCGUUGGUUACAUGCAGAAAUCACGUUUUGAUUCUAGUAAACACCUUUCUCACAGAAUGAUUGAUAAUAUAAUUUCUGAAAAGUUCGUUAUCGUAUUGUCGCCCCAAUCCAUGGUUCUUUUGCUCCCGGCAAAAAGAACUCGCAGUAUUUUGAUGCAUAUUCGAAUAACAAGUACACUACGCAGCAAAUAUUACUUUGUAAUGGUCCACUUGCAGAACAGCCCGAAAUAUCAUCCUCCCUCAACCGACACGUAUUCCAAGGAAAUACAAAGGAUGUCAGUCAAUACUAUAAAUCAGCACCCGCCAACUACUAUUCAAAAUUUUGGCACGAUCACAGUAUUGAUGGGCUUGCCUAUGGCUUUCCAUACGACGAUUAUAACGGUCAAGCAUCAUACUUGGAAACAGGCGAUCCGAAGGCUCUCAUAAUUCGCAUAGGAUGGAAAGGAAGUACUGGAGAUAGUAGGUCAGAUCCUGUCACCAAACCUAUCACUUCCAGAGCUAUCGCUCUUCGCUCGAACGCUAACGGCAAGUUUAUAUGUGCUGACAAUGCUGGAAAUGGCCCUUUAAUUGCUAAUCGUGAUGCUCCAUCUACUUGGGAAACGUUCGAUCUUAUCACCCUAAAUGGAGACAAUGUUGCUCUCAAGUCACAUGCCAAUGGGCAAUAUGUUUGCGCUGAAAAUUCAGGAAACAGUCCUUUGAUAGCAAAUCGCACUUCAAUCAGUUCUUGGGAAACUUUUCGAAUCGUUGAUCGUGGCAAUGGAAAGGUAGCUUUUAUUGCAGUCAAUGGAAAAUAUGUAUGUGCUGACAACUUUGGAAAUAGUGAAUUAAUUGCUAACCGAACUACCGUCGAUACUUGGGAAACUUUUGACCUGGUUCCACAGUGA